AUGGCGGAAGCAGGAAACGCCCAAGGGAUCAGUGCUGGUAGGUUCCUAUCAUCGCAAGAAAUCAAGGGCCCUGUGCUAACUAGUCAUGGUUCAGAUGAGAUCGCACUUUAUGACCGACAGAUCCGGCUAUGGGGAGUUCAGGCGCAAGAGAAGAUUCGGUCUGCCAAUAUACUCCUUAUUACGGUGAAAGCCCUUGCGAAUGAGGUGGCCAAAAACCUUGUCCUCGCUGGCAUCGGCUCGCUCACUAUCAUUGACCAUGAGCCGGUCACGGAGGCCGAUCUGGAUGCGCAAUUCUUCUUGGAGGAAGCACACAGGGAUGAAAGCAUCAUUCAACAAGGCAAGAAUCGCGCUGAAAUCGCCGGACCUCAGAUUCACCGAAUGAACCCGCGCGUUAAACUCAACAUCGACACAUCGGACAUUCGGGCCAAGGAACCCGCCUUCUUCGCUCAGUUCGAUGUAACAAUUGCAACAGAACUCGACUUCGCCACAAACACCACCAUCAAUGCGGCCUGCCGGAUUGCCAACCGACCUUUCUACGCAGCAGGGCUGCACGGGUUCUAUGGCUAUGUCUUCGCCGACCUCAUCAGCCAUGACUUCGUCAUUGAACGCGCCAAGUCCAACGUGCCCUCGCAACAGCAGGAAACUCUCACUCGAAGCAUUGUCAAUGUCGCAACCAAGAAAGAAGGCGACAAAACCAUCGAGCUUGUCACCAAGCGCGAAACCUACUCCCCGCUACAGCUUGCCAACACUUCGCCGCUCCCCGAUGAAAUCACGCGGCUCCCCAGACGCCGGAAACAAGUGACUCCGCUGCUCAGCUGCCUGCGCGCUCUAUGGGAGUUUGAAAAAAUUUCCGCUGGUCGCCGGCCCAGCUUCGCACACCAAGACCUUGAGAUCUUCACAAAGCUUGCGAGUGAGAGCCACCAGGAGCUGCAGCUAGAUCCUACGACUCUGGAUUCAUCGUUUCUACGGCAGUUCCUGCAGAACCUAGGAUGUGAGCUGAGUCCUGUGGCAGCGUUUCUAGGCGGGGCGUUGGCACAGGAUGUGAUCAACGUGUUAUCUGCGCGUGAGCAGCCGCUGCAGAAUAUGCUGCUCUUCGACGGCGAUAAAUCCAUCGGGCCUAUCUACUCCCUGCACCCGUUCUUCCCACCUGAGAUGGAUGUGGGUUCUUUGGCGGCUGUUCCGCCAGUGGCUAAUCCCAUUCCGCUGGCGGAUACUACUGCGCCCCCUGCCACUACGCCUGUGACUAUUCUGUGA